AUGCCUGCCAAACUCACCUUUAUUUGUAUCAUCGAUUCAACUAAUGAAAGAGAUACUUUAGACUAUAUAGUAAGAGAAGUGAUUGGCAUUAUUCGAAGAGAAGAAGACACAAAUAUAGAUAUUAAAAUAACUGCAUUUUAUCCAAAAGACUCUUCAGUACCAAGAUGGGUCCCCUUAUUCGUUCCUGAAAACGUAUUAAGAUUCACAGGAAAAUUUACUCUUAAUGAAUUACCCCCUCAUAAUCCAUUAGAGUUGGAUCAAAAUCAUUUACCCAUCAGCUCCAUCUCAGUAUUUAUUACAGGCUUUGCUAUCGAAUCAGUUCAAAAUGAAGAUAUUAUGUUUAAAAGCAUUAAAAUACUUGUCAAUGAAUUUACUAAAGGUACAAGUUCAAGAAAAAAAUUUCAAAUUAAGUAUAGGUACUUGAAAUCUGACGAAAGAAUCAACAAAAAACUUAUCAAAACAAGAAGGAGCUCAAAUCUAUUGAUCACAGGUGAAUUGGUUCAAGUCGAUUCUGAAUUUCAAGUUGAUAUUCAAGACGUCAACUUCUUGCCAAUGUUCAUUGCAAACCUUGAAUCAUCAACUAAGACCUCACCAUUUUCUAAAUAUUCAUAUCAAAAAUCGUCAAAAACUCCAUCAAAGGACCAAACUGAUAAAGAAUCAGUUAUCACUGAUAAUCACUCCUGUGUAAAACCACAAAACAGGCUUCAAUUUCCAGUAUUGGCCAAAAUUCCAGAUGAAAUCCAAGCUGUUCUGUUACAUCUUAGGAAAUUUCUAUUUCCCGUACACCUACACUGUUUCCUAGGAAGAAACUCAGGUUCCAAUUCAACCUAUUCUGAAUAUCAUAACAUCUUAGGUACGAUAGGAUAUUCAAUCAAUUUCAGAAUACUAGCACUCUAUUCAAGUACAAUAGGAGCCUAUUUACAACCAUUAAACCCAAAUCACAUUUUCAACGAACAGAUCCUAGAUAACACACUCCUACGUGCAGCCUUCUGGUUAAGUUUGCAUAACCCCUACCUACGUAACUAUGUAAAUAUUUUAAAUCAAAGAUCAACUACAACUAUAUCAGACCCUUUUUAA